AUGUCGCCGUUUAAUAUGGUAGGUUUUAAUUUUAUCCGGGGAGGGUUCACUAGUCUCGGUGUUAAAAUCGGAAAACACAACGGUUUGUCCGAGACGCUUCUCUGGGGAGCUGCAACUCCAGUGAGGAUCCGGGUCCGAGGGUACACUCUGGAAUCCGGUAAAGAUGGCCACGGUCAGUUUGUUUGUUACCAGCUUCCACAUAGGACCCUGUUGAAGAUUCAAGGACCGGACACAAGCCCGUUUCUCCAGGGGAUUAUAACCAAUGACAUGAGGCUGCUCGAGGAGCCUGGGUGCACUGCUAUGUAUUCACACAUGCUGAAUGUGCAGGGACGAACCCUGUAUGACAUCCUGUUGUACAGUCUGAAAGAAGCAGAAGGAGGACAUGGUGUUUUCUUGGAGUGUGACAGCACAGUGGAGAACUCAAUCUUGAAACACUUGAAGGUGUACAAGAUCCGGAGAAAGUUGAGCAUCAGCCUCUGUCCGGAGCUGUCUGUGUGGGCAGUACUUUCACAGCAAAGCAACCCAGAUCAAGAGACCAGAAAACCUGAGCUGUCUGCCCCUGAAAAAGCAGUGGUAUGGGAGGCUGAUCCCCGAGCUGUGCAGAUGGGAUGGAGACUGGUGUUGCAAAAUCAGUUUAACCCCUUGGAUAUCAUUGCAUCUUGUCAAAAAGGAGAUACAGUGGAUUACCACAGACAUCGCUACUCAAUAGGACUUCCUGAGGGAGUAGACGAUCUUCCCCCUGGAGUCGCACUACCGCUGGAGUCUAACCUUGUCUACAUGCAGGGUAUCAGCUUCAGCAAGGGUUGCUACAUCGGUCAGGAGCUCACGGCCAGGACUCAUCACACUGGGGUGAUUCGGAAACGCCUCAUGCCAGUGCGCUUCUCAUCUCCGGUCCAACAACUCGAGGAAGGAACCGCACUCCAGACGCAGUCGGGCAAGCCAGCUGGUAAACACCGAUCGGGCGUCGGGGAGCUGGGUCUAAGCCUAAUCCGCACUGCUCACGCCAAAGAAGUGUUGACGCUGAAGUCUUCUGACGACACCUUAGUGACACUUGAGGUCUCUGUGCCAGACUGGUGGCCUAAAGACGUGAAAAUUAACUGAAGAGGAGGUCGUUUUAUAGCUCCUUGAAAUGUGACAUGGAUCACAUUUGACAGAUUCAUGACCGGCAAAACCCUCAAGUAGUUUGUUACACUGCCAUUGCUUUAAACAUGUUUUUUUCUGAACCAAAACCUACUUAUUUAUCGCUUAUGUAUUGUUUAUUAUUGAUAGAAAAUUGUAUAUCUAAAAGAUGAUGCUGUGUUGGUGCCUAUUAAAAAAAAUGAA